AUGGUGUUUCGCUUCUGGCUCUGCCUGUUUCUGCAGUUGCCCACGUCCCUUUUGGGCGGUGCAGCGUUGGUGCCAAGAGAGAGGUUUCCUCUGAGGGUGGAAGGGCGUUUCAUUGUGGAUCGUCUUGGAGAGCGUGUGAAGUGGGCGUGUGUCAAUUGGUACGGCCCCGAGUCCAUUUCCUUCACCUUUGGAGGGUUGGAAAAACGACCAGUGGAAGAUGUGGUGAAACGCAUCUCCGACCUUGGCUUCAACUGCGUCAGAGUUGCUUAUAGCCUGGAAGCUCACGUGAGGAAUCCCACACUUGAAGAGCAGUUCGUGAAGGCCAACAGGUUCCUGAUCGGAAAGACUUUCCUGGAUGGAUUCGAUGCUGGGAUUGAAGCAUUGAGCAACGCUGGGUUGAUGGUGAUCAUCGAUCAGCAUGUAUCACGAGCCGGGUAUUGUUGCCAUUGGUCCCAAGAUGAGGGUCUUUGGUAUGUUCCAGGCUAUCCCGAAGAGACCUGGAUACAAAGCCUUGUGAACAUGACCCAAAGGUACAAAGGCAAUCCCUUCGUGGUGGGCAUGGACCUUCGCAACGAAGUCCAUGACUUGCACUCCAAUCCAAAGUGGGGCAGUGGCCUAAUGAUGACAUGGGGCGAUGGCAAUCCAAAGACAGACUGGGCAGCUGCAGCUACGAGGGCUGGGAACAGAGUGCUUGCUGAAAACCAGGACAUGCUGAUCGUGGUGAUGGCUUUGUGCUUUGGAAUGGAGUUGCGUCCCAUGCGAUCUCAGCCAAUUUCUCUGGACCUGCCGAAUCGGGUGGUUUACCAGACGCACAACUACAUUGAGUAUCAGUUCUGGAACUUGAUCACUCGGGAUUUGGGCAUCAGCUUCAGCACGCUCAGAAUCGCGACGCUGAUUUCCGGUGUCUUCUUCGCUGCCAUCCUCUCCUUCCUCUCGAGAAGUUGGAGGAGGACUGGAAGGGCUUAUCCUCCACGGCAGCUCCUUCUCGUCUCCUUGGGUGCCUGGCUCACCGUCUUCAGCUGUCUCUUUUUGGGAGUGGCCUUUGCCGCCUACAAGGCUGCCUGCACAUACUGCGAAUGGGGAGCUCAACAGGAUUUCCUCCCGUGGGUCUACUUUUGGUCUCUCACAGCGGUGGUUGGACUGGUUCUAGUUGUGGUAUCUUGGCGCCCUUCUGGAACGGCGAGUGUGGCAGAGCUGCUACAAGUAGACAAGUACGUGAUGCAAAGUGAUGAGAGCUGUGAUGAGGAAACUGAUCUUUUUCAGAAAAGUGAUGACCGGGGUGGUGGAAGCAGUGGAAGUGGAAGAGACAUCACAAAGCCUUGGGACAGAGGUCUUGUGAUCAGGCUUCAAUGCUUCAUCGUCUCGGUGAUACUACUGGUGAUGUGUGGUGUAGGUCUGUUUGCUGCUAUCGUGGUCGACACUUACUGGUUCUACGAAAGGUGGCUUGACAAACAGUGGGGCUUUGCUCUGGAAGAAGGACAACCAUUUACUGCGCCAGUCUGGAUGGGCGAAUUUGGCUACUUGAACCAUGGGCCAUUCUGGCUGAUGUUCAUGCGCUACCUAUCCUCAAGAGAUGUGGACUUCGCGUACUGGGCCAUCAAUGGCAUCAAAUACUCAGAAGGCUUUAAUGGCGCAGAUGGUGUUUAUCGUCCACUACCAGGAGGUGCCAGGUGGGUUGUGGAGCUCUACGGCAUUCUUGGACCAGACUGGCAGACAGUGAAGAAGGCCUGGAUGGUUCGUGAUCUACAAGCACUGAUGGAUUCCCCAUCUCGAUGGCUUCCCACAGACAUCGGCUGCGUCACGGACUUUCUGGGACACUUCUGUGACGUGCCCUUCCGUGGUCCUGAUGUCUGA